UUAAAUAAGGUACCUGAUACAAAUAAGGCCUAUGCUCAAAUAAGGCCUGUAGUGCGAAAAAGUCAUUUAAAAUAUAUUUACAUCAAAAAUACUUCACACACACAUAGACGACAGCCCCACGACUCAGCAAACAGUGCGCGAGAGGCCCGCUCGCGCUCACAGCGACCCUCGUGGCCGGUUGUUUGGGACAAACGGGUGUUUUCAUUGCGUGUAAUUAAUUUGUUGUAAUUUCUAUCGAAUUUUAAUACGUUAUUCUUUGAAGUUUUGCUUCAAGUAAUGUAUACGGGUCACAAUAUAACUCAUCAAAUAGAUUGAUUAUCUCAGUAUGUCUCCUCCAAGACGAAAACCAAAAAAGUGAUCUAGACGCAUUUAAAAUCAAACUUCAUGGGAAAAUUUCCUUCAAUGCCUAGUUAUACAUAAUCAUAUCAUAAGGAUAAAAGAACUCAUUGCUCGACUUGUACAGGGAGGUAUUAAUUUUUAAUUACAUCGUGACAUAUGCUGUUUACCCAUAUGUAGCUUGGUAAAUAAGCAUUUGUUCUGAUAAAACCUUAGAAGAAAAUACACUACAUUUAAGUACCUGUACGUAAAACUAUUGCAACAACUUAUUUCUCUCAAAAUAUUUUACUCAAAAAAUUAUUUCUUGCAUAAAGUUAACAGCAACAUGGAAUUGAUUUUUACAUCGAUUUUCAUGGGGAUUUUUGUUUUAUCGAUUGCUCUGGAUCUGGAAAGCUUUUCCUUCAUAAUUUUAAUGGAGCAUGACCAAGAAAAGUAUAAGGAAGAUGUUCUGCAAGUUAUUCAAGCAGAAGUUGGUACAAAAAUUAAUACCACCAUCAUGGAAAUCCAACAUGAUCAAACUGAUGCAGAAAAUCUUUGUAGCAGCAUUUUAAGUGGUAAAAUUCCAAUAAUAAUCGAUUUUACAUGGAACGGUAACGACGUUGCUCAAAAAAUGUCGAUCGAGGCACAGAUCUAUUACCUCCGAAUAGAUAUUUCUAUUGCUCCUAUUCUAAAAUUUCUCGAUAUGUAUUUAGAGAGAAAGAAAGCAAAUGAUGUUACAAUCUUCUUCGAUGACGAUUUCUAUGUUGAACAAUCUAUUUUUUUCUGGCUCAAUAGCCCCAGAUUAAGGCUGUUUAUAACAACAAAGGAUGGAAAAAAUCUUAAGCAAAAAUUAAGUAAAAUAAUUCCCAUUCCAAGCACAAUAGCUAUUAUUGCUAAUACAAAAAAUAUGAUUAAUAUAAUGACAAAUGCUGUAGAACAAAACGCAUUCAAAAUACCAGAUCGAGUGAUAAUUUUAUUUUCAGAUCUUAACUACGAUAGAUUUAGUUUAACAAUAUUAAAUAAUACAUCAAUCAGUAUGUUUAAAAUAUCUAAAAGCUUAUGUUGUUUUCUACAAGAACAAGCUGUUUGCACUUCACCAGAAAAUUUUGAUAUACAAAAGACAUUCCUUAAAUUGUCUCUUCAAAAGUUUAUCAUUAUAUUUAAAAGCAAUUACUGGGGGAAUUACACAUUCCCCAACAUGCACAGUUGCAAUGAAACCAAUCAAGAAAGACACUUGCUCAAACUAAAGAUCCAAAACGAUGUUUCGAUGAUGAUUGGAGAAGGAGCAAAUAUUUUUGAAACUAAUGACAACGUGCUAGAAAUGAAAUUGUCUGGAACUAUUGAAAAGUUCGACGAAGACAAAGGUGAUGUAAACAUUGGUUCCUAUGCAAACAAACAAAUAACUACAAAUUUUACAAGAACGAUAGAACCUAUCAGAAAAUUUUACAGAAUUGGAAUAGCGGAGGUACCUGUAUUAAUAAAUAUAAAAACGGACAGACAGACACACUUUUGAUACUAUAAAGGUUCCAUUUUUCUUCAG